UAUUGGUCCCAUUGAUGGUUAUUAGUCAUUUGUGAUCUCUCUCUCUCUUUCUCUCUCUCUCUCUCUACAUCUCCGAUUGUUCAAUGGCUUCGGCACUCACAAAAAGAUUGCAAGGAAAAGUUGCGUUGAUAACAGGCGGAGCUAGCGGGAUAGGAGAAUGCACUGCUAAACUAUUUUCUAAACAUGGCGCCAAAGUAGUAAUUGCUGAUGUGGCCGAUGAUUUAGCAGGUUCAGUCGUCGACAGCAUUGGCUCGUCCCAAUCGAUGUUCAUCCAUUGCGACGUGACCAAAGAGGACCAUGUCAGAAACGCCGUGGAUGGUGCAAUGUCCGAAUAUGGGAAGUUAGACAUAAUGUUUAAUAAUGCCGGCACUUCGGACCCCUUGAAGCCGCGCAUCAUAGAUAUUGACAAAAAAGACUUUGAGCGCGUGUUGAGUGUCAACAUGACAGGCGUCUUCCUAGGAAUGAAGCAUGCGGCGCGUGUUAUGAUCCCGAUGCGCCAUGGCACAAUCAUCUCGACUUCUAGCAUCGCGUCAGGGUUAGCAGGGGCGACAACACAUGCAUACACGUGCUCCAAGUACGGGGUCGUGGGACUCACGAAGAACCUCGCGGUAGAGCUUGGGCAAUACGGGAUUAGAGUAAAUUGCAUUUCACCUUAUGGGGUAGCUACACCUUUGUUGAAUCGAUACUUGGGGCUUGAUAGUGAAGAUGUCGAGCAAAUGAUGGAAUCCAAGGCAAAUCUUAAAGGCGUGGUCUUGAAAGCCGAUGACGUUGCCAAUGCUGCUUUAUAUUUGGCGAGCAACGAAGCAAAAUAUGUGAGCGGACAUAAUUUAUUCGUUGAUGGAGGCUUUAGUAACUAUAACUCGGCAAUUCAAAUGUUCGAGAAUCCAUAGGAAUGAUCGUCAUAUAAGUUAUCUUUGUUAUGUAAGAGUAACUUAUUAUGGAUAAUUGAUGAACAAUUGAAGUUUUAUUUUUCUUCAUACUUCUCAAUAAUAAAAUUUUUACUCAUCUUU